AGGUCACACAAACAGGUAGCAACAUGCCCGCCUUUAUCAAAAGGAGAUUUCGCUAGCAAAGUUAGUCAUUCCAUCGUGCAGGUUUGCUGGACAGUGGUGUUAAGCAGUGUACAGGUCUCAUGGACAAACUUCAGAGUAAGAUAAACCGGCUGAAUGACGAGGACACGGGGUUUAAAGCCGUAUCUGCGGCGGAGUUAGAAACUUCAGGACUCAAAGAUAUAACCCUCCGCCCAUAUCAGCUGGAUGGGGUGAACUGGCUCAUUGAGCGUUACCAUAGAAACCAUGGCUGUAUCCUAGGAGACGAGAUGGGUCUUGGGAAGACUUGUCAGACCAUUGCCUUCCUGACACACCUCCAUGGAAGUCUGGAUGUGAGCGGUCCAUUCCUCAUCCUCUGUCCUCUCUCAGUGCUCAGGAACUGGCAAGAAGAACUCAAGAGGUUCUCCCCAGAUCUGGAAGUUCUAGUGUAUGUGGGAGACAAGGAAAAGAGGCAGGAGGUUCGGCACUCUGUCCGCAGAUGCCGGGACUUCCAUGUUCUGCUUUCUACGUAUGAGAUUUGUCUAAAGGAUGAAUCAUUUCUCAGAAGGUUUGAGUGGCAGGCUCUUGUUGUGGAUGAAGCUCACAGGCUGAAGAACCAGAACUCUCUACUGCAUCAGACUCUCAAGGAGUUUACCAUCCACUACCAUCUACUGCUGACCGGCACCCCAGUCCAGAACAACAUGGAGGAACUGUUCUCGCUGCUACAUUUUGUGGCCCCCUCCCUCUUCAAGCAGCACUACAUGGAAGACUUUGUAGACAGAUACAGUGCAGUGGACAAUGACAGCUCAAGUGUGAGACAAGAGCUUCACACAAUACUUCAGCCAUUCCUACUGAGGAGGGUCAAGUCUGAGGUCAUCAAGGAUCUACCAAAGAAGUCAGAGGUGAUUGUGUACCACGGUCUGACAGCUCUUCAGAAGAAGUACUACAAGGCUAUUCUCAUGAAGGACAUGGAUGCAUUCCAAACUUUUGGUCCACUAGGCCCUUCUAAAACCCGGCUGAUGAACAUCUUAAUGCAGCUGAGAAAAUGUGUCAACCACCCCUACUUGUUCGAUGGUGUUGAACCAGAACCAUUUGAACUGGGAGAACACCUGAUCGAAGCCAGUGGGAAACUCUUUCUGCUAGACCAGCUGCUGUCGUACCUCAAGAAAAAAGGCCACAAGGUGUUGGUGUUCUCCCAGAUGACCAGAGUUUUGGACAUCCUUCAGGACUAUCUGGGCUACAGAGGUUACAGCUAUGAGAGACUGGAUGGGUCAGUGAGAGGAGAGGAGAGAUAUCUGGCCAUACAGAACUUCAACCAGCAAGACGAUGUGUUUGUAUUUCUCCUCAGUACAAGGGCAGGUGGACAGGGGUUAAACCUGGCCUCGGCUGACACAGUCAUCUUCAUGGACAGUGACUUCAACCCGCAAAAUGACCUACAGGCUGCAGCUAGGGCUCACAGGAUUGGUCAAACCAGGCCUGUCAAGAUCAUACGCCUGAUUGGUCGUAGUACAGUGGAAGAAAUCAUUCUGAAGAGAGCCGAGGCCAAGUUGAAGUUGACCAACAGUGUCAUCGAGGGAGGUCAACUCUCGGGCCUGAACUCUGUAGCAGACAAUGGAACACAGCUAUCUGACAUCCUGAAGUUCGGACUAGACAAACUGUUUGAGACAGAGGAGAGCCUGGAGAGUCUGGGUGAUACAGACCUGGAGACCAUGCUGGGAGGUAGUCACCAUGGUAACUGGGUCCUGGAGGACAUCACCACUAGUACUGCCUCACAGGAGGAACAGGAAGAGAAGGAGGAGGAGGAAGAAGAAACUGCCCACAACAUGUAUGUGUUUGAAGGGAAGGACUACUCAAAGGAACCGAGUGCUGAUGACCUGAAGGCAUUUGAGACUCUUGUAGCAGUGCAAGCUUCCCUUGAAGAGGAUACACUUUCAGAAGACAGGAAGCUCAGAAAGAAAAAGCCUCCCUUGGUCAGUCUGGCUGCCCUCCCCACACGUAAGAGAAAACAGCUGACACCAGAGGAACUGGAAGAACGGAGGAAAAAGAGAGAGGAAGCAGCUGCUAAAAGAGCCAAGCUUCAGGAGGAGGCAGAAGUGAGACGAGCACAAGUGAAGAAAGAGAGGAGGGAAGCCAUGUGGAAGUCACAUGGCUACACUACCUGCAAUAUCGCCAUGGAAACAGACGAGGAGGAGAGUGAUGAGGAGGUUACCAUGGUAACAGAUGAUGAUGAUGAUGAUGACAGGAGAGCCAUCAACUAUGUUAUGGGUGACGUUACCCAUCCACAGUGUACAGGAGAUCAGGAUGCCAUCGUUGUUCACUGUGUUGAUGACUCUGGUUCCUGGGGCCAAGGCGGCCUGUUCUCAGCCCUGUCAGCCAGGUCUUCACAGCCGGAGAUGCAGUAUGAGUUAGCUGGGAAGAUGAAAGAUCUUGCUCUCGGAGAUGCCCACCUGAUCGCUGUGGACGACAGAGAAAGUAGACCCAAGGGCAGCGACAUGGUUGCCCUGAUAGUGGCUCAGAGUCGUGACAGAAACAACAGGCUGUCAGGGAUCAAACUUUCAGCCCUGAACCAGGGACUGGGCAGGAUAUGUACCGCAGCAAAGAGAAUGAAAGCCAGUGUCCACCUGCCCAGAAUAGGGUACAACACACCAGGUUUCAACUGGUACGGCACGGAGAGACUAAUCAGGAAACACCUGGCCUCCAGGGGUGUCAACACAUACAUCUAUUACUACCCUCGGAAGAACAAAAAGCAAGCUAUCACAAAGACUACAGGAGCAGGUGCCUCCACUUCUCAGCAUACUACCAGUACAACUACUGGUACAGCCCAUACCACCCUGGGGAACCCACUGCCAGAUUUUAUGCAAGGUGUGAUGGUGUUCUUCCAGCAUGUCACAGAUGAACAGAGGAGGAAAUACACAAGAUAUCUUGUGGCUUAUGAUGGAGAUGUACAUGAGUCCCCUACAGAAGACACCACCCAUGUGGUGGUCGGUUCACAUAGCAGUGAGGAUGAUCAGGUGCUGCAGCAGGUGGUUGCCGACUGUACAGAGGCAGCUGUUGUGAGCACCAGGUGGCUGGACGAGUGUCUGUCACGUGGAAGGAAAGUUGCAGAGGAGCCCCACAAAAUAGACUGAUCCUGACUGUCAAUCACAAUUAGCAGUUCAACCAAUGAGAGCAUGACAAUUAGCAGAUUGACCAAUGAGAGAGUUUCUGCAUGUCUGUCAUUUGAGGCUAUGGGAUUGGUCUAUAGCAUUAAAAAGACACCCAAUAUACUUUUACAUGCAUCAUGUAUGUAAUUUUGCCUUGAAAUAUGACUUCAGAUGUUUUAUGAAUACAUAUUUGUGGAUGACUCCAUUGUUGUUCAAUUAUAGAUUUUAACAAAGAAAUUGUUAGCAAACUAAAAUCAAAAAA